UAGACGGCGAGAAUCAAGCCAUGAGCGGACUAGAGACCAAGGUGACGUCGCUAGAGGGCCAGGUGGCUGCUCUUUCUCCCUUCUCGGUGGAGAGCUGGCCCGCUGCACGCAUCCGCAAGACGUUCUUCGAGUAUUUCCAGAACCAGAAGGAGCUCCCGCAUACUUUCUACAAGUCUUGCCCCGUGGUGCCCCUGGACGACCCGACCUUGCUGUUCAUCAAUGCCGGUAUGAACCAGUACAAGCCCAUCUUCCUGGGCCAAGUGGACCCUUCGCACCCUAUGGCCAAGCUUGUGCGCGCCUGUAACUCGCAGAAGUGCAUCCGCGCUGGCGGUAAGCACAACGAUCUGGACGAUGUAGGAAAGGACGUGUACCACCACACGUUCUUUGAGAUGCUGGGCAACUGGAGUUUUGGCAACUACUUUAAGAAGGAGGCUGUGCACUUGAGCUUCACACUGCUCACUGAGGUCUUUGGUAUCGACAAGGAUCGUCUGUAUGCCACGUACUUCGGUGGGGAUGAGAAGCAGGGUCUGCCUUCAGACGAAGAAACCCGUGAGAUCUGGCUCAACUACUUGCCUACUGAGCGUGUGCUUCCGUUCGGUUGCAAGGACAACUUCUGGGAGAUGGGAGACGUGGGUCCGUGUGGCCCUUGUACCGAGAUCCACUACGACCGUAUCGGUAACCGUGACGCUUCCGAGCUCGUGAACGCUGACCGGCCAGAUGUUAUCGAGAUCUGGAACAAUGUGUUCAUCCAGUUCAACCGCGAGCAGGACGGUAAACUCGUGCCACUACCGCACAAGCACGUGGAUACCGGUAUGGGUUUCGAGCGUCUGGCGUCGAUCCUGCAGGGCAAGGACUCGAACUACGACACAGAUGUGUUCACUCCGCUGUUCGCUGCUAUCCAGAAGUCCACCAAGGCGGCUCCGUACACGGGUAAGCUGGGAGAGGAGGACCCUGACAAGAAGGACAUGGCGUACCGUGUGGUAGCGGACCACGUGCGUACGCUGACGUUCGCUAUCACGGACGGUGCGGUGCCCAGUAACGACGGCCGUGGCUACGUGCUGCGUCGUAUUCUGCGUCGUGCUGUGCGCUACGGCCAGCAAUUCCUCAAUGCGCCGAGCGGCUUCCUCACGGAGCUGGUGCCUGUUGUGGUGAACAUGCUGGGCGAGGCCUUCCCUGAGCUGGUUCAGAAGCAGAAGGAGGUGGAGGAGAUCAUUCUGGAUGAAGAAAAGUCCUUCGGGCGCACUCUGAACAAGGGUAUUGAGCGAUUCAAGAAGAUCGCGCAGGGCAUUCGUGAAGCCAACAAGCUGGUGGUGCCUGGCGAGGACGCCUUCUUUUUGUACGACUCGAUGGGUUUCCCAAUUGACUUGACGGAGAUUAUGGCUGAAGAAGAAGGUAUGACGGUGGAUAUCAAGGGCUACGAGGAGUGCAUGCGUCUGCAGAGUGAGCGCUCCAAGAUGGACCGCAAGAAGGGCGGCAGUAAUGGUGCUCGGCCGCUGGUGCUGGAGGCUCGUGAGACCAGUACGUUGGCUGGCAAGCACAUUAGCGCCACGGACGAUAUGGCCAAGUACGAGUGGAACGUCAAGACUUCUGCCAAGGUGGUUGCUAUCUUCACUACGACGGAAUCGAGCUCGGACUUUGUGGACGAGGUGAAGGCCGGAGACUUUGAGCGUGUGGGUGUCAUUCUGGACAAGACGUCGUUCUACUCGCAGGCUGGUGGCCAGAUCUACGACACAGGUGUGCUGACUGCGUCCAACUUGAAGCUGGACGUGGACUCGGUCGAGUCGUACGCUGGUUACGUGAUGCACAUGGGUUCUAUUGCUACGGGCUCGAUCAAGGUGGGCGACUCCGUGGCGUGCGAGGUGGACUACGCUCGUCGUGCCAAGAUCGCUCCCAACCACACCAUGACGCACGCUCUGAACUUCGCUCUGCGUAAAGUGCUGGGUACGGUCGUGGACCAGCGUGGAUCCCUGGUGGACGAGUCGCGUCUGCGCUUCGACUUUACGAACAACAAGGCGCUGAAGCCCGCCCAGCUCGCGGAGGUUGAAGCUAUCUGUGACGAUCUUAUCAAGCAGCAGCUGGAGGUGUACACGCAGAACUCGGCGCAGGCGGAGGCCAAGCGCAUCCAGGGUCUGCGUGCUGUGUUCGGUGAGACGUACCCGGACUUCGUUCGCGUCGUGUCUAUCGGCCAGCCUAUCGCCCCCAUGCUCGAGGACCCGGAGAAGAGCAAGUGGAGCAACUUCUCGGUAGAGUUUUGCGGUGGCACGCACUUGAAGAACACUAAGGAGGCCAAGAGGUUUGUGCUGUAUGAGGAAGGCGCCAUUGCCAAGGGCAUCCGUCGUGUCUCUGCGUACACGUGCGACCUGGCUGUGGAGGCUGAAGAACGUGGUGCGAAGCUGCAGGUCGAGCUCGAUGCUAUUGACAAGCUGGACGGCAACGAGUUCGUCGAGAGCGUGUCGGCGUUCAAGCCUGUGCUGGACCAGGCGCUGAUCUCUCUGCCACUGAAGGACAAGCUCCGCAAGCAGGUGGACAGUCUGGUGAACCGUGUCAAGAAGAUCAAGAAGGAGGCGGCUGCUGCUCGCGCUGCCAACGGUGUGCGUGACGCGACUGCGGAAGCCACGAAGGCCAAGGAGGCUGGACAGGAGAUUGUGGUGGUCAAGUUGGACGUGGGUACAGACUCGAAGCUUGGGCGUGAGAUGCUGGAGGCCAUGAGCACCAUCAUCCCCACGGGCAGCUUCAUGAUCUUCAGUACCGACUCGGACGCGAACAAGACGGCGGCCUUCACGCAGGUGAGCCAGCACCACAUUGACUCGAAGCAGCUGGAUGCUCGCAAGUGGGUGAACCACGCCAUGGUGGUGAUGAAGGGCAAGGGCGGCGGCAAGGACGCUCUCAACGCCACGGGUCAGGCCAAAUCGGUGGACAAGGUCGACGAGGCGGUGGCACUCGCCAAGUCUUUCGUCCAGUAAGACGCUGUUUACGCUCUAGCUGCUGAAUGUCAUGGACUCUUUUCUCCUGCCUAGAAUCUUCUACGUCUGUUUGGGUGUGGCGUGUAACUCAAGAACAGCGUCCACCACUUUCUUCUGGUGUUCUUGCA